CUACUACAGGUAUCACUGAAACUGGAUCAAGCCAAAGUCAAGGAAUUGGAACAGGUUUCACAUCCGGUAGCACUGUGGAAGGUAGUACAUCUACUUACACUGUUGUAACAACAGGAACUGGUUCAACUACUCAAGCAGUGUCAGGAACAACAACAAUGAUAUGUGAAGAAAUGCAAGCUGUUGAUGAAGCUGUUAGCAAGAAAAUUACUGUGAAACCUAAAGAAUUACCUAAAGAUGAAAAUCUGAAAUUUCAACCAACAUCUCCAGAAGGUGUUUCUUUCGACGAAAAUAAUCUUAAACCAACAAUUACUGUUCAAUUUGACAAACCUGCUGAAGUUCACUCAUUGACACUUCCACGUGAUAAAACACCUAAUGGAAAUGUUCAACAAUUUGAAGUUACAUUCUAUUCACCUUAUGGAAAUAAAAUCAAUGAUAUACCAAUCUUAAGUGAUUCAAGUCCAAAAGAAGAUAAAUCGAAGCCAGCUAAACUUGAUUCAACACAAAUACCAUCAGAUGAGCGUGUGUCCCGUAUAGACAUCACCAUUGUUCGUACUACUGAUGAUGAAUCUCCGAAAGGUGUUGUUUUGGAUAUUAGAGCUUGUACGGAAGUCGGAACAGGUACGCAGCCAUUCCCCAUUUACGAACU